AUGAUGGGAUUCUUCUCGAGUCGAAAGAGCACGGAACAUUCGCCGGUCAGGUCGCGGCAUGAAAAGGAGAAGAGUCGGGAUGCGAUUACUACGUCGCCGGUGGCAGUCAUAAAGUCGAAAUGGUACAACAAAUCGAAAUCAAAGCCAGCACCUGACGUUCCCAAAGAGGAUCCGGAUGCCGAGGUUACCGUCCGCGUCGACCAUUUACGCCGAUCUGCGACCGCUCCCGCCGAGUCCGAGUCGCACCGUUCGACAGUGGUGGAUGGUGUAACAAAAACUAUGGCCGAGCGAUUGAACGAGUUGAUGAGGUCCCAUGCCGAGGGGAUGAUCGACGAUGAGACCUAUCGAGACCUGCGGGCUAGUUUGUUUGAACGCUUUCAGGCCGCCUCUCACCCACCCGCGAGACACACCAUGUUCGAAUAG